AUGCGCCGAUUGACGAGUGGCAACGCCAUGCACAGCUAUAAAACCACCGUCAAUCCGCUUGAUAGGGUUCUCCCACCCAUCCAAGCACUCAAUAUGACAAAGCCUGAGGCCCAAGCCGAAUAUCAUGAGCAUGUCCAAAAGGUCGAGCAGUCGGAGCAGGAUGUGAUCUAUCAGACUUACGCGUCCCAAAGUCCGGAAUGGCAUCGGAAGAUGACCAAACAGCUCCUCCGGAAGGUGGAUUUCCAUCUUCUACCAUGUCUGAUCGUGAUGUACUUGUUGAACUUUCUGGACCGGAAUAGUAAUUUGUCUCAAGCACGACUGGGCACCUUGGAGAAGGAUUUAAAGAUGAAAGGCACCGACUACAACCUCGCGACCAGCAUCCUAUUUGUGGGAUACCUACUCAUGCAGUUACCGUCGAAUCUCCUCCUCACACGCGUGCGGCCCUCGUUAUUUCUGGGAAUCACAAUGGCGAUCUGGGGGGUGAUAUCAGCUUGUCAGGCUGCCACCCAAUCGUUCACCGGGUUGGUCCUCUCUCGAUUCUUCCUCGGUUUUGUGGAGGCGCCGUUUUUUCCGGGGGCCAUCAUGCUGAUGUCGAGUUGGUACACCCGCCAAGAGCUGAGCCAUCGAAUUGCCUGGUUUUAUGCCGGAAGCUCACUGGCCAAUGCCUUUGGCGGUUUGAUCGGUGCCGGGGUCCUGGGCAAUCUAGACGGUGCUCAUGGCAUCUCAGGAUGGCGAUGGUUAUUCAUCAUCGAAGGUUGUAUUACAGUGGGAAUAUCGCUGAUGUCCAUUCUGCUUCUGCCGAAUUAUCCCGCAACCACAUCGUGGCUAGAUGAGACGGAGAAGUUGUAUGCGCAAUGGCGUCUCAUCCAGGACGCGGGAGAAGCCGACGAGGCCAGGUCGAACAGUCUCCGUGAGGCGUUAUGGUUGGUCUUUUCCGACAAGCGCAUCUAUCUGUUCAUCCUGCUCCAGCACUCCUCGCUGCUGUCGCAGAACUUCCAGUACUUCUUCCCGACGAUCGUUCAGACACUCGGUUAUGGGAAUAUCGAGACUUUGCUGAUCACGGCGCCGGUUUGGAUUGCCACCUUUAUGGUUUCCCUUCUGGUGACAUGGUCGUCGGGUCGCACGAACGAUCGCAGUCUGCACAUCAUCUCGCUGAUGCUCGUGAGUGUGGUUGGAUGCGUGAUCUGCACCGCGACCACGAACAUCGGUGCCAGGUUCUUCGGCAUGUUUCUAAUGCCGAUGGGUGCCGUUUCCGCUUAUCAAAUUAUUAUUGCAUGGGUGGCCAACUCCUUCCCCCGGCCCCUGGUCAAACGGUCUGCGGCGAUCGCGACGGCGAAUAUGAUUGGCAACACGGCCUCCAUCUAUGGCAGUUACAUGUGGCCAUCGUCCUCCGGUCCGCGGUACAUCGCCGGUGGUGGUGCGACGGCUGCAAUCGCGUUCCUGGUUGCGAUCCUAGCCUUGGUCAUUCGCAUGGUCCAUUCCCAGAUGAAUAAGCGUCUCGACCUGGCCCAGGAGAGCAGCCAGUCGGGGAUUAGAUAUAUCUUGUAG